AGAACGCCGCAAUAUCUCUGCUCGAAACAGGAACGCCAGCCUUCGAUGCGGACAGGCACUUACUAACCAGCAGCAAACAUGACUUCCACAAAACCCGCUCCCGCAUCCCUGUUCCAGGUCUAUCUUCGCCUGCGCCCUCCUAUGUCCCAGCAUGAAGAAGACCAAGCCGAACGUUGCUUGACCAUCGAGCCUGCAGACCAGAAAUACACCACAGACGACGAACAAAAUGUAUCUCCUACCCAUAUCACUCUGCAGCCACCGAGCGACUCCCGGAAGCGUGCCGUUGAGAAGUUUGGCUUCACAAAGGUGUUCGACGAGUCCGCUUCUCAACUGGGCGUCUUCGAGGGUACGGGACUGGAGAGUUUGAUUAAGGGCGUGUUGUCGGAAGGGCGCGACGGCCUAGUUGCGACCUUGGGUGUCACAGGUAGCGGAAAGAGUCAUACCAUUCUGGGCUCUAAGACGCAGAGAGGUAUUACUCAGAUGAGCUUGGAUGUGAUCUUCCGGUCCCUCGCUUCGACUAUCAGGCCCCUCGACAACUUUAUCAGCCCCCUGCUUCUAUCCUCUGUUGCUGCCGCCGAUGCUUCCGAAGCCCAAAUCUUCAGUGCGCAAACGUUCCUCGAAGCCGUAUAUGGCGAAUCGACCGAUCGUGGCAGAAGUCCCAGAGCUCAGACCCCGAUGAGCGCUGGGAGAGCCCAUACUCCCAUGGCGGAACCCAUGCCAGCUCUCAUAUUUCCCCGUCGUCAAAUGCCGUUGCGGGCUAGUGCCCUUCCUCGAUCGCCCGAUGUCAGUCAUCUCACAAUGGAGCUCAACCCACACUCGGAAUACGUUGUUCUCGUGUCGAUGUAUGAAGUGUACAACGAUCGCAUCUUUGACCUUCUCUCGCCGGCCAUAGUCCCUGGACAAGGAAGCACAAUGACCCGCCCGGGAGGUACGCAGAAGGAUCGGCGCAGACCUCUGUUUUUCAAGUCCACGGAGGGCUCGCCUGACCGGAAGGUCGUUGCCGGACUGCGCAAGAUUGCAUGCAGCACUUACGAAGAGGCUUUAUCGGUUCUGGAGGUUGGACUUACCGAGCGCAAGGUCGCGGGCACGGGGGCCAACAGCGUCAGUUCCCGGAGUCAUGGGUUCUUCUGUUUGGAGGUCAAGAGAAGGAUGCGCAACAAGAGGACCGGUGAAGAGACGUGGAUGGGCAAUACACUCACUGUGGCAGAUCUAGCUGGCUCCGAGCGCGCGAGAACUGCAAAGACGGCUGGAUCUACUCUUGCUGAGGCAGGCAAGAUUAACGAAAGCUUGAUGUAUCUUGGGCAAUGUCUACAGAUGCAAAGCGAUAUUCAGGAAGGCAACAAGGCUACUAUGGUCCCAUUCAGGCAGUGCAAGCUCACGGAGCUCCUCUUUUCCAACUCUUUCCCUUCGCCUGGUCAGGCUUUUGGCCAAUUCCGUCACCCCCAGAAGGCCAUUAUGAUUGUGACUGCUAAUCCGUGGGGAGACUACAAUGCCACUUCGCAAAUCCUUCGCUACUCCGCUCUGGCACGCGAAGUUGCCGUUCCCCGAGCCCCCUCGGCCACCGAAUCCAUCUUGUCAAGCACACUUGGCUCUCGCCAUGGAUCCAUUGGCGAAGGCGACUCGGCAAAUGCAGCCGCUGCUGAAGAGUUGGAGAAAGCACUCGCUGAGAUCGAGCGACUCAGAGCCGAGAAUGAGAACCUCUCGGUCAGACUCGCGGAGGAGGAGAUCGUAAGAACGGACUUGGCCGUGCGACUCAAGGCAAGCGAAGAAAUGUGUCUCACCAUCGAACAAGAAGUUCGUGAAGAGUGCUGGAACGAGAUGGAUGAGAGAAUGGAGGAAGAAAGGCGCCGAUGGCAGACUGCCUGGGACGAGCAAACGGGUCAUAACGAAGAACACCUGGAUAAGAAGCUCGAGCUAUUCUCCCGUGGCUUCCAGAUCCACGAAGACCCAGACACAGCCACCAACGAGCGCAUGGAAGACCUGGAAUUCGAAAACGACCAGCUGCGCAAGAAGAUCGCCGCAUUAGAGCGCGAACUGACCUGUCGAUCGCCCACCAAGAAGACCAGAGCCAAGCCCCCCACCACCACCACCACAACCACGCUCGAACCCUCCCGCAACACCAACAUUCUAGGCCGCGAGAGCGACAUCGAGAACGCCCUGAAGCGCAUGGAUCAGCUCAAGCUGGCAGAUAGCAUAUUCUCGCCGGCCCCGCCGCCUCACUCGUCCCCGGGCAAGAAACAUCGCAAGAUGGCCACGAGGAAGUGGGAUCUGGCGCCUGAGGAGGAUAUCUACUAAUCGCGCUUUCGGAUGGCUGGCCUUGUUUUGCUCCGUUGUCGUCGAGGUGGUUAUCUUCUAAACAGCCAUUGAGACUGAACAAUUUUCCCGUUGGAGGAUUUCUUGCCUGUGCUUAUUUGGGGGUUUUGCUUCUGUGUGGGUUAUGUAUGAUAUCCGUCUCGUCUGGACUGCUGGUUGGCGUUUUGUGCGUGCUUGUUUAUUACCGGAGAUUCUAGUACUCGAGCCGAUAACUAUUCAUGUCGAUAGU